AUGGUUGGCAAUAAUCGUUUUACGAAUGGGUCAGGGGAAGAGAAGGAUUCGUGUCAGGAUAGUACCUAUGAAAGGCAGUAUGGCAUAGUAACAGAGAAAGACGAGAAUGAAAAUCCCGGUAAGGCGGUACUUCCUGAUGUAUUGAAUAGGUAUGGAGGAAGUCAACGAACAGUUCCACAUUUUACAGCAGGUGUAGUAGCAGUCGAUGAUCGUCUCGGAAACUUGUCGAAUAAAUAUUCUCGGCAGAAAUUUGAAUAG